GGGCUCAGGGGGGCCACGUGGCCCGGGCUCUGCUGGAAGAUGGGACCUUCAAGGUCCGCGCGGUGACACGGAGCCCCAUGAAGAAGGAGGCCGAGGAGCUGAAGAAGAUGGGAGCUGAGGUUGUGAAGGCAGAUCAGGACGAUGAGCCAUCGCUAGAGCUGGCCUUGGCCGGUGCUUACGGAGCCUUCAUUGUAACCAACUUCUGGGAGCAUUUAUGGCUGGCUUCAUCCUUCACCCAGGGAAAGCGGCUUGCUGAUCUGUCGAAGCGCCUCGGUCUGUGCCAUGUGGUGUACAGUGGCCUGGAGAAUGUGAAGCAGCUGACAGGGGGCCAGCUGGAGGUGCUCCACUUCGAUGGCAAAGGUGAGGUGGAGGAGUACUUUCAGAAAAUUGGUGUUCACAUGACAAGCGUCCGACUGCCGUUCUACUUCGAGAAUUUCCUCUCCACCUUCAAGCCGCAGAAGGCCCCGCAGGGAAAUACCUAUGUCCUGGAGCUGCCCAUGGGGGACACCCCCAUGGAUGGGAUGGCAGUGGAGGACAUUGGGCCUGUUGUGCUUUGCCUGCUGAAGUCCCCGGGGGAGUACAUCGGCCAAGUGAUCGGGCUCAGCACUGGCAAGCUCACUGAGGCGGAGUACGCCGCUGUCCUCUCCCAGCAGCUGGGCAAGACCGUGGAAGCCAGCAAGAUCUCACCAGAGGAGUAUGAGAAACGUGGCUUCCCUGGGGCCAAGGAAAUGGCCGCUAUGUUCCGUUUCUAUGCCCUGAAGCCAGACCGCAACGUGGACCUGACCAUGAAACUCAACCCCAAGGCCCGCACCUUCCAUCAGUGGGUAGUGGACAAUAAGGCUGCCUUCUGA